CCUAUUCGCAUACAUAUUAAUUAUUCCUAUUUAAGAAGACAAAGACAAUGACAAAGAGAGACAGACAGAGACAGACAGAGAGAGUGAGAGAUAGUCGUGAACGAGACCAAAAAAUAGGAGCAGUUAUUGCACGCACAAAAAAAUAGCCAUAAUAAACUGACACAGAUUUUCCAAUCUUUAUAUUAAUUAAUUUAAUAGUGGAAGGAUUCGGGUUAUCUAUACAGAUUAAUUCAGAACUAUUAAGCUAAAUAUAAUUAAUAAAAUUUAGUAAAACAAAUUAAAUCUUUAAUAAAUUUAAUUAGUGAUUAAGAAAUAUUUUUUAAAAUUUUAUUAAGGAUAAAUUAUAUUAUAUUAUACUAUGUCAGCUAGAACUCCAUCAAGAUCUUAUGAUCUGAUAAUGAAAUUAUUAUUAGUUGGUGAUUCAGGAGUGGGUAAAUCAUGUUUAUUAUUAAGAUUUGUUGAAGAUAAAUUUAAUCCAACAUUUAUUACAACUAUUGGUAUAGACUUUAAAAUCAGAACUAUAGAAAGUAAAGGUAAAAGAAUUAAAUUACAAGUAUGGGAUACUGCUGGUCAAGAAAGAUUUAGGACUAUUACAACCGCAUAUUAUAGGGGUGCUAUGGGUAUAGUUCUUAUUUAUGAUGUAACCGAUUCAAGAUCUUUUGAAAAUGUUGAAAAUUGGUAUGAAACUGUAAUUCAACAUGCUAAUGAUGAUGCUCAAAUCUUUUUAGUAGGUAAUAAAUGUGAUGAUGAAGUUAAUAGACAAGUAUCAAAGGAACAAGGUCAAGCAUUAGCUUCAAGAUUAAAUAUCCCAUUUUUAGAAGCAAGUGCUAAAAGUAAUGAAAAUGUUGAUACUAUAUUUUAUGAAUUAGCCGGAAUUAUUCAAGAUAAACAUGCCAAUGAUGAACAAGCUGCACCAGCUUCAACUUCAGGUGGAGGUAUUAAUAUUAAUCAAACUGGUGCUAAUAUUAAGAGUAACUGUUGUUAGAAGAUGUUUAAUUGUGAUUUUAAUCUUGAAUUUAUUAUAAUCAAGACUGUUUUUAUAAAUAUAAUUCUUUUCUUCAAUCUUUGUCUUCAUAGUUAAUGUCUUCUAUAAUGACUUGUGUUAAAAAAUAUAUUACACUUUUACAAUAUAAUUA